GCUCCCCCUCGCGGCCCGGCCGCUCAGUCUAGCAGCGGCGGGCCGCAGCGAGCGGAGUCCCCGGCUCCCGGGAUUGCGGCGGGCGAGGCGGAGCCGGAAGCUGCCCCCGCCCCCCCGCGCCCGCCCGGGCCCGCCACCGAGCGGCCUCUGGAGGAUGGGCCGGCACGACCCGUCGGGCAGCCUGAGCCGGCGGGGCGGCGGCUACUGCCGGCUCUUCCCCGGGCGGCGCAGCGGCGCGGCGCUGGACCUGAGGCGACCAGCCACCCAGGCCGAUCUCUCCCGGAACCGCUUUGCUGAAGUGCCCGAGGACGCCUGCCACCUGGUCUCCUUGGAGGGCCUGAGCUUGUACCACAACUGCCUGCGGACCAUCCCGCCAGCCAUCGCCAACCUGCAAUCCCUCACCUACCUGAACCUCAGCCGGAACCAGCUCACCUCCCUCCCGCCCUGCCUCUGUCGCCUGCCCCUCAAAGUCCUCGUCGCCAGCAACAACAAGCUGGCCUCGCUGCCCGAUGAGACGGGCUCGCUGAGCAACCUGCGCCAACUGGACGUGAGCUGCAAUGAACUCCAGUCCCUGCCAGCCAGCAUGGGCCAGCUGGAGACCCUGCGAGACCUGAACGUCCGGAGGAACCAGCUAACUGCCCUGCCCGAAGAGCUGUCGGAGCUGCCUCUGGUCCGCCUGGACUUCUCCUGCAACCGGGUCGCCUGCAUCCCCAUCUGCUACCGGCACCUCCGGCACCUGCAGACCAUCCUGCUGGACAAUAACCCCCUCCAGUCGCCGCCCGCGCAGAUCUGCCUGAAAGGCAAAAUCCACAUCUUCAAAUACCUCAACCUGGAAGCCUGCAGCAAAACGGUGCCUGACCUGGCCGACUUCGCCCGGGCCAGCCGGCCCACCGGCUUCGGCACCUGCCUCUCCGACGAGUUCUACCCCGGCCGGCAGUACGGCGGCCUGGACUCCGGCUUCAACAGCGUCGACAGCGGCAGCAAGCGGUGGUCUGGGAACGAGUCCACAGACGAGUUCUCUGACCUGUCGUUCCGCAUCGCAGAGCUGGUGCGUGAUCCCCGCCAGCUGAAGGAGAAGCGGGACCGGGCAGGUGAGCGGGGUCUGGUCCCCCCAGGUGGGAUUCCCUCACCCCAGAUCCUGCGCGACCCCAGCUCCCGAGGUCCCAGGGUUACCCAUGGGGAGGUGCCUGCUGCAGACAAAGCCAACGGAGAGCUGGAGCAGAUCGACUUCAUCGACAGCAGUGAGGAGGAGGAGGAGGCGGGCAAGCCAGAGAGCAGCUCGCAGGGCGUGGCCCCGGCGGAGGAGAAGCAGAAAGCAGAGAGGAGCCUUCCUCAGAGAGCCGAUGUCGGGGAGAAGGUGCCAAACAGAAGGCCCAGCCCUCCCCGGGAAGAGCCCCCCAGCGAGGAGCGGAGGCGUCCCGAGACACUGCAGAUCUGGCAGGAGAGGGAGCGGCAGCAGCAGGCGUUGCGGAGCCAGGCGCUGGAGAAACGGGACAGUCUGCUGAGGAUGGCGUCCAAAGAGAGCAGCAACCUGCCCCAGAGAAAGCUGAGGACCCAGGUCACGGAGCAGCCAUCCGGCGUCCCCAGCCCGGCAUCCCCUGGGCAGACGCCCCGGCAGCAGGAGUCCCCCCCCUUGCAGGUCUCCAGCCCCCCGGCACGGGAGCCCGGCUCAGCCCAGAAGCCCAGCAGCUUCCUCUUCCGCUCCUCGUCGCGAACCGCCAUCAAGCCCGGCUCCGCCUCCGCCCCCCAUGACUCCACUGCAGACCCCCAGGACCCCCUGCGGCUACGGGCCGGCUCGCACGACAUGGACGAGAAAGAGUUAACAGCCCAACUCCGCAAGGCCAUUGAGUCACGGCUCAGCGUGACGCUGGCGGAGGACCUGGGUGACGCCCUGGCCAACGGGGCCGUGCUGUGCCAGCUGGCCAACCACCUGCGCCCACGCUCUGUGCCCUUCAUCCACGUCCCGUCUCCCGCCGUGCCAAAGCUGAACAAGAUCAAAUGUCGGAAGAACGUGGAGAGCUUCCUGGAGGCCUGUCGCCGCAUGGGGGUCCCGGAGGAAGCCCUGUGCCAGCCCCAGCACGUCCUGGACGAGGAGAGCCUGGCGCCGCUGGCCCGGACCGUCCAGGCCCUGCUGACUGUGGCCCAGCCCCUGAAGAAGCCGACGCCCCCUGAGGGCACCUCCAGCAAGAUCUGAGGGGUGGGGGCCCUGGCACAAGUGGCACGGCCGAGGGGCCAGGGACUAGAACGCCCCGGGCCCUGUGGGGGCUGGACAAUGCUGAGAGUUCCCCCAUAUAGGGCAGUAGGGGACCCGGCUCAACCCCCAGCAACACAGACGGUACAGCGAGAGGGGGCCCUGACCCCUAGCAAGGGAUGGUGCCUUUUGGAAAACUCCUUGGUGGCAGCGGUGGGAUCCUCAAAUCAAGCCGAACUCCUGGUGCUCAACUCCCCCCUGUCCCCUCCAGCGGCUUUUCCACAGGGUGGCCUGGCAGCUGUGUGAGCCCCCUUGGGCUAGAGUGUGGGUGGGGGGGGUUUGUGAGCAGACGUGGGGUAAGGAUGGAGGGGGUUGAUUGCAAGUGGGGGAGGGGGCUGUCUUAUUUCCCUGAAGGGCACCACUAGGCACCAGCUACUCCUCCCCCCCCCCCCCCCCCCCAGAGCGACAGGCUCAGGCUCCCUGCAGCCUCAGGCAGGGUUGCGAGACUGGGGUGUCUCUGUGCAGCCGCUGGCUGUGGGGCACUGGGGCUGUGAGGCUGCAAGAGGUCACAGGUGAAGAGGAGGAAGCCCCCUCUUCAGCCCCAUGUCCUUCCUUUCCACAUUUCCUGGGGGCAGGGGGGGCAGAUUGCCCUGACCAAGCGAGGGUUGGGGGGGUGUCCCCUGGGCUGCUCCUCGCAUCCUCCAUCCUUAGCAGCCCCUCCCUGCAGCCUUGUCCCCACCAUCACCCCCUCCCAGGCCUGGGCCCCAGCCCCUAAUUCCCCUCCGGGGGGGGUCCUGGCCGCUCGUCUGAGCUGUGCCUUGGGUACCCCCCAACCUGCCUCCCCGGGAGGGGGACCACAGCCCUGGGAGGGGAGUGGGGGCUGGUGUGUGAGAGCAGGGGGGCUGGGAGCCAGGACUCCUGGGUUCUCUCCCUGGCUCGGGGGGCCAGUGGGUUAGGGAAGGGGAAGGAAGAGCCCGGACUCCUGGGUUCUCUCCGGGCUCCUAGGGUUGUGCCCUCUAGUGGAAUAAAGAGGUAAAUGAACCACCUCCCUUGGCCUCUAGGCUGGUCUCUGCCACGCCCUGCCCCCCAGGCGCAGAGCUAUUCCCCUCCAAAGUGUCAGCCUCAGUUUCCCCUACACACAUUCAGCUCGGCCCUGCUCCCUACCCCCACCUUACACAUCCCCCCUCUGGAUCAGGGACCCCCUGCCCCCCCUUUCCCCCUCGCUGGGUUCUGAGCUCCCUGAACUUUGGGGGGGGUGCAGCCCCGGCUUUACCAUCCCCCCCGUCCUGGUACUGGGGCUAGCGGGGGGGGGGGGGGGGGCUGGGAGCCAGGACUCCUGGGUUCUCUCCCCUGUUCCUAGGGCACUUGCGCCCUCUCGUGGCAGAAGGCGGUAACUCGCUCCCUUCCCUUUGGGGCCAGGCCCAUCGCUCCUGCUCUGUAACCAGCCCCCCGCCGGCACUUAGGGGCCAGAGCCCGAGUCUCUUCCCCCCACCUGGGGCAGGACCAUCCCCUACAAAUCUGCAGCCUCAGUUUCCCCUGCAUGACCUCAGCUCUUUACAACUGGAGUACACACACACACACACCCCGCCAGCUCAGGGGCACCCUCUGCCUCCCCUCCCCUUCCCUUCCUGGUUUCUGACUCCCCCAAAACCCCAGGAUUUGGGGCUGCCUAGCCUCCAACCCCCAAGGCCAGGGGCUCACCAGGGCUCAGGGAGCAACUCCCCCCCCCCAUGCCGUGUAGCAGUAGUUGGGCCUUUAUCCAGCAGCUACUGGUGGGGGGGGCACCCCAGGGUGCACUGGAGCCCCUGGUCUGGCUUGGGGGGGAGCUGAUGGGAGUUAGAGACACCCCUCCCAUCCGGGGGGGGUUAACAGAGCCCCACAACAACACAGCCUGGGCCCGGUUUUCUUCCAAGCUUUUAUUGCAGCAAAUAAAAACAAAAUGCGGGGGGGGGGGGAUUUGGGGCAGUUCAGAGUUAUCCCCCCAACAGGUCACUUCUCGACAGCCCCCCUCCCCCGUGGUGGGCAGGGGAUUGGGGGGGAUCAGCAGCUUCACAGAGGCACUUGCGGGCGGGGGGGGGCACCUAAUUCUGUUUUUUGGGCCCUAUUCAAAUGGCAACACUUAAACCAGCCCCAACCUCCUGGGUGGCUCCCAGCAGGGGGUGAUGACGCACCCCUCUGAUUCUGGGGGGGCAAGAAAACCACCCCCCACCCCCUGGGCCCCGACUGGCUGAAAACCUCCCCGACCUUCGCAACCCCUCGUUCGCCGGGGGGGGGGGAGUUUCCGUUCGGGAAUCUUGCUCCCCCCGGUUCGGGGCCUCUCACGCUGAAACGCCCCAAACGAAGCCGGUUGAAGUACCCGGGCUCGGCCUGCGAAGGGCGUUGCAGGAGCGGAGGAAAUUUCCAUCUGCGGCUCAAGCCGAGCGGCCGCAUGAUUUUGCCCGAGGCCCGGCCUGACAGAGCUCAGCAAGCCCCGGCUUCCGGCACCUCGGGCAAAGGUCUCGUCCUUAGGCGAUUCCGCCCCCCCAAAAAAAGGAAGAAAAAUCAAACGGGCGCCUGCUUCCAGCUGUGUUUCUAAAGCCCCCCCCCCCCAAUUGUUUUUCGAUCAAGGCUGCCAACAGCCCCAGCUGAUAAGUGUGCAAGAAAGAUUUUUUUGGGGGGGUCAAAACCAUCGCUGCAAGGGCGUAAACCACGUCGAGAAGCAAGAAGCUGCUCCCACCAGCCGAGACUCUCCCGCCACAGAAAGGGGGGGGGCCCACGAUGCUUCAGACGUAGCCCCCCCCAUCCAGGUCUGCGGGCAGCCAGUGUCACGUUGAAACCCGCCAGGGGCGGGGGGGGCUCCCUCGACAAGGGCAGAAAAUUCAUUCCCAGGUUGUUUCUAAUGUUGUCGAGACCCAAUUUUACCAUAAAGCCGCUUGACACGAGCUGCAAUAAAAAGGCUUUAUUAUAACCAA